AUGCGACAGUUCGUCGCCCUCUGCCUUUUGCUCCCGUUCACACUUGCCGCUCCUUAUUCGGCCGAUGCGACGUAUUCGGACGCGGUUGCCCGUUCGAAAAUGCUGCCAUUGGCCGCGGCCGCUUACGGUAAAUCGCCACAAACGUGCCUUACGAACCGUUUCACAGAUGCUGUGCUGAAACGUCAGUUGAAUGUGAAAUGUGGUCCACUAGCAAAGGAUGAUGUAUGCUCUGGGUAUACGGCCGUUCUCAACGGCGAUAAGGCGAUUGUUCUCAGUUUCAGAGGUACAGACUCGUUUAUUCAGCUGGUCGUUGAAUCCGACCAAAGCGUGUUCAGCAGUCAGGUGGCAUGGAUCGCUGGCGGAAAGGCGUCCAAAUACUUCAGCGAUGCUUUCAUGAACUUGUGGAACGGUGGUAUGAAGGACGAUUUCAACACACUCAGAUCAAAAUAUCCCACAUAUCAGAUUUGGGUGACCGGGCAUUCUCUUGGAGGAGCGAUGGCCUCAUUAGCUGCCUCUUACAUUGUCGCCGCGAAGCUCGUGCCAGCUAACAACGUCGAACUGGUCACAUACGGCCAGCCACGAACUGGUAACAAGGAUUUUGCAGCAGCACAUGAUAGCCAGGUACUGCCAGAUCGAAAGUGA